UUCUAGUAGAUUAAAAUGGAUUAUCAGUGCAUUGUUAUCAUUGAUAUCGGAUGUACUCGACCAAACGAGUAUAAAAGCAGUCAGUCCAUUGGAUUGACAUUAAACAGCGAAAUGGUUUCCAAAGCAAUCGUGUUUUUUGCUCUCCUAGCGGUGGCGGUCGCCGAGAGACCCCGAACAGGUCUCCGGAUGCCGCCGAUCUUGCCACCUUUUGCUCGCCCUCUCUCGCCUCAAGUGGUCGGUGGUGAAGAGGCACCAAAAGGCGGUUACCCGUACAUAGUUUCCCUGCAAAUCCUCUCUCAGCAUUUCUGCGCCGGAUCUAUCUUAAACGAAAAUUGGAUCGUAACAGCCGGGCACUGUGUCCAAGCAGUUCCUUCUAUAAACCUUCUUCGUGUUAAGGCUGGAAAACACGAUAUUCGACGUAACGAGGACACCGAACAGACAGUCCAAGUGGUGGAAGGAAUCAUACAUGAAAAUUAC